CAUUCUUUCAUAAAAAAUAUUUUAGGAGAAAAAAGGUCCAUAUUUGGUUUGACCUUUGAUACUCCAUAUUACUUUUCUGUUAUUCCAUUGUUUACUUCCUCCUCCCACCUUGCAAAGUUGCAAACUCUAUAUUCUGAUUCUCCAAGCAUCUUGCUACUCUCCUUCCUCUUACUUAUCAAAAGGGUUUUUGACAAUCAAUGGCUUCUGUUUCGUCAAUGAAUAAUGCCUGUUUAAGUAAUUUAAGUGCACAUGUUCCGAUGUCGAACCGAGAUCAACACCGGCAGUUGUAUUAUGGAAAUUUGAGGUUUAAGUGGAUGGGAAGGCAUAGUAGUAGAAAGAUCAGAUUUUCUGCUUGUAGGAUUGUCGCGGAGAAGUUGGAUAUUGAUUUCUCUGAUCCUGAUUGGAAAACAGAAUAUCAGAAGGAUUUUGAGAAUACAUUUAAUUUGCCACAUUUGAAAGAUGUCUUGGAUGUGAAGCCGAGGCCUAGUACUUUUUCCCUUAUGCAUAGGGAUGGUUCACGUUGGUUGAGAAAUGAAAACGUCACUGAUAGGGCCGAGGGACCAGAGGAUCGGAAGAAUGAUUAUGUUGACAUUGAUGACAGGACACUGCUGAAGGUGAUCAAAUAUGCUUCUCCAACUUCUGCGGGAGCCGAGUGCAUUGAUCCUAAUUGUACAUGGGUGGAGCAAUGGGUACAUCGUGCAGGUCCACGUAAGGAGAUAUACUUUGAGCCUACAAAGGUGAAAGCAGCGAUAGUAACAUGUGGAGGGCUCUGUCCUGGUCUUAAUGAUGUCAUAAGACAGAUUUUUUUUACGCUAGAAAGAUAUGGUGUUCAAAAGAUAUUCGGUGUUAGAUAUGGCUUCCGUGGAUUUUUUGACCCUGAAUUACCUAUGAAGAAGCUUUCUCGCGAGCACGUCCAAGACAUCAAUCUUGAAGGUGGAAGUCUUUUGGGAACAUCUCGUGGAGGUGCCAGUACGAGUGACAUUGUUGAUAGUAUAGAGGCAAAGGAGAUAGAUAUGGUUUUCAUUCUUGGUGGGAAUGGUACACAUGCUGGAGCCAAUGCGAUACAUAAUGAGUGCCGCAAGAGGAAAAUGAAGGUAUCAGUUAUAUGUGUACCAAAAACUAUUGACAAUGACAUACUUUUGAUGGAUAAAACAUUUGGAUUUGAUACAGCCGUGGAAGCAGCACAAAGAGCAAUCAAUUCUGCAUAUAUUGAGGCACACAGUGCAUACCAUGGGAUUGGCCUUGUGAAACUGAUGGGAAGAAGUAGUGGUUUCAUAGCCAUGCAUGCAUCACUGGCAAGUGGCCAGGUUGAUAUUUGCCUAAUUCCUGAGGUCCCUUUUACUUUAGAUGGACCCAAUGGUGUCCUCUCGCACUUGGAGCAUCUUAUACGGACAAAAGGGGCAGCAGUGGUGUGUGUUGCUGAAGGUGCAGGACAAGAACUGUUGGCUGCACCAGAUUUGAAAGACUUAUCUGGAAAUGCUGUUCUUGGAGAUAUUGGAGUACAUUUUAAGAAUCAGAUAAAAAGCUAUUUCAACGAGAAGGGUAUUCAUGCUGAUGUCAAAUACAUUGACCCCACCUACAUGGUCCGGUCAGUACGUGCAAACGCUUCUGACGCCAUAUUGUGCACUGUUCUUGGCCAAAAUGCUGUUCACGGUGCCUUUGCAGGAUAUAGCGGAAUCACAAUGGGAAUUUGUAAUACGCAUUAUGUUUUUCUUCCAAUCACAGAAGUGAUCCAUACUCCUAGAGCUGUGAAUCCGAACAGUCGAAUGUGGCAUAGAUGUCUUACCUCCACGGGUCAACCAGACUUCUCACCCAGGAAUUGUUGAUCUUUCCGUCAUACGUCGAUAAACCUAUACUCCAUACUUUCUAUUAUAGGUGAUUUUGAUGAAUUCUAAUGUGCCAUGGCUGCAAGAAUAUCAAUAUCUUUUCGUAAAAACGAGUAUAAUGGUGCAAACGAGUAGGUAAUACAUUGAUUUUUUGAGGUUAUUCUACUAGGUUUGAAGAAUAAUCUUACUUGAUUUAACCUGCAGUAACUGCAGAAAAUUGGUUAAUGUAGUCUCCCUUUCAAGGAUUAUUCUUGUGUGGAUCUGGUCUACAAUAAUAUGGCCAACAAUUUAUUCCAGCACCUCUUUACAUAUAUACGGAGUAGUGACUUUUAUUGUUCA